UCCAUCUAUAUCGGCGUCCCAGUGCCUCAGGGAUAUCGACGUAAGCGCAGGCGAAGGCGCUCUAGCCGUGAGGCCGCUGACAUUGACAGAGACAGACACUACAGCCAGCACAGGCACCGGGAACAUGACCGGUACCAGGACAUAGACGUAGAGGAAGGGCUCAUGGAUUCGAGCGAGCAGAUUUUACCUGACAUCAACCGCACAAUGUCUCCAGCAGCCGAGCGUCUACGCUACAUCCUGAAUGAAGAUGAUGACAUGCCCACGCCAACGCUCUUCACUGAGAUGGACACUCUGCAGAGGGAGGGAGAUGAGCUGGAGUGGAAGGAGUCUGCCAGGUGGGUGAAGUUCGAGGAGAAGGUAGAGGAAGGAGGAGAGAGGUGGAGUAAACCCCACGUGUCCACGCUGUCCCUGCACAGUCUUUUCGAGCUCAGGACAUGUCUCCAGACGGGAACAGUUCUGCUCGACCUGGAAGGCUACUCGCUGCCUCAAAUAGUCGAUGACAUAAUUGAAAGGCAGAUCGCGGAGGGCAUGAUAUCCCCAGAUCUGAGAGAGCAGAUCAGCUUUGUCCUGCUGAGGAAACAUCGACACCAGACCAAGAAGCCAAUCCACCGCUCGCUAGCCGACAUCGGCAAGUCCAACACUUCGACCACAGGUCGUAGUGUAGGGCCCCGAGGUGGACCAGGUCACGGGCCAGGUCCUGGGUCGAUGGCCAACAUCCACCGCUCCACAGAGGACCUCAGAUUGAAACAACAGUCUUCCAACUAUGGCCGCCUGCGUCACGCUCAGAGCAGAAGCAUGAACGAUAUUGCAGAUACUCCCAGCACAGACCAGCUCAAAAACAAAUUCAUGAAGAAGAUCCCUAGAGAUGCAGAGGCAUCCAAUGUCUUGGUGGGGGAGGUGGAUUUCCUCGACAAACCCUUUGUAGCCUUUGUCCGCCUUGCCCAAGCCACAACACUUGGAGGUCUGACUGAGGUCCCCGUGCCCACCAGAUUCCUGUUUGUUCUGUUGGGGCCCCAAGGAAAGGCCAAGUCGUAUAAUGAGAUUGGCCGAGCCAUAGCAACCCUAAUGGUGGAUGAUCUCUUCAGUGACGUAGCCUACAAGGCCAGAGAUCGAGAGGAUCUCAUCGCCGGCAUAGAUGAGUUUCUGGAUGAAGUUAUUGUGCUUCCACCUGGAGAAUGGGAUCCUAAAAUCCGCAUUGAGCCGCCAAAGAAAGUCCCCUCAGCUGACAAAAGGAAGUCAGUGUUCUCCUUGAAUGAACUGGGGCAGAUGAACGGUACAGCUGGGGGAGGAGGAGGCCAGUCUGAGGACGAGGAGAUGCCAGUGCAACAUGAGCUCGGAGAGGAGCUAGCAUUCACUGGACGCUUCUGUGGUGGGCUUUACCUGGAUAUAAAGAGGAAAUUGCCAUGGCUGCCUAGUGACAUCUACGAAGGCUUUCACAUUCAGUCCAUCUCUGCUGUGCUCUUCAUCUACUUGGGCUGCAUCACCAACGCCAUCACCUUUGGUGGUCUGCUGGGGGACGCUACAGACAACUACCAGGGUGUGAUGGAGAGUUUCCUGGGCACAGCUCUGGCUGGCACUGUUUUCUGUCUUUUCAGUGGUCAGCCCCUCAUCAUCCUCAGCUCCACUGGACCCAUCCUCAUCUUUGAAAAGCUCCUGUUUGAAUUCAGCAAAAAUAACGGCAUAGAUUACAUGGAGCUGCGUCUGUGGAUCGGCAUGCAUUCCUGCCUGCAGUGUUUUAUCCUGGUGGCUACUGACGCCAGUUACAUCAUCAAGUACAUGACGCGCUUCACAGAGGAGGGCUUCUCCAGCCUCAUCUCCUUCAUCUUCAUAUCGGACGCGAUCAAGAAGAUGGUGGGCUCCUUCAAAUACUACCCCAUCAACACUGACUUCAAGCCUGACUACAUCACCACCUACAAGUGCGAGUGCUUGGCCCCUGACCCAGUUCCAAUGCCAGAUAACAGCUCUAGUGUCUCUGGGUUUAAUGUGACAGCGAUGGACUGGAGCCAGCUGAGCAAGAAGGAGUGUGUGAAGUAUGGAGGUGCCCUGGUGGGAAAGACUUGCAAGUAUGUCCCUGAUCUGGCCCUCAUGUCCUUCAUCCUCUUCUUUGGCACCUACUCCAUGACCGUCUCUCUCAAGAAGUUCAAGUUCAGCCGCUACUUCCCCACCAAGCUGAGGAAACUCAUCAGUGACUUCUCCAUCUUCAUGUCCAUUAUGACGUUUGUGGGGCUGGAUAUGUUGAUGGGACUCAAAACUCCCAAACUAAUUGUUCCAACAGAAUUUAAGCCAACUCGCCCUGACCGUGGCUGGCUGGUGAUGCCGUUUGGAAAGAACCCAUGGUGGGUGUACCUGGCCAGCUUUGUCCCUGCCCUGCUGGUCACCAUUCUCAUCUUCAUGGACCAGCAGAUCAGCGCUGUCAUUGUUAACCGCAAGGAGAACAAACUUAAGAAAGGCUGUGGUUAUCACUUGGAUCUGUUCUGGGUUGGUGUCCUGAUGGCUCUCUGCUCCUUCAUGGGCCUGCCCUGGUACGUGGCUGCCACCGUCAUCUCCAUCGCCCACAUCGACUCUCUGAAGAUGGAGAGUGCGUCGAGCGCUCCCGGAGAACAGCCUCAGUUCCUCGGGGUCAGAGAACAAAGAAUGACAGGAAUUUUGGUGUUUUGUCUCACCGGAGUCUCCAUCUUCCUCGCUCCAAUACUUAAGUACAUCCCCAUGCCGGUGCUGUACGGUGUCUUCCUCUACAUGGGUGUCGCCUCGCUCAGUGGAAUCCAGUUCUGGGACAGGAUAAAGUUGUACAUGAUGCCAUCAAAGCACCAGCCGGACUUUCCUUACCUCCGUCAUGUUCCUCUGAGGAAAGUACACCUGUUCACACUUGUCCAGAUCAUCUGUCUGGCUGUGCUCUGGAUCCUGAAAUCCACCUUCUUGGCCAUCAUCUUCCCUGUGAUGAUCCUGGGUCUGAUGGUCGUCCGAAAGAUGCUGGACAUGGUUUUCUCCCAGCACGACCUGGCCUGGAUUGAUGACCUCCUUCCUGGGAAGGCGAAGAAGGAAACUAAAGAAGAAAAGAAGAAAGGGAAGGAGAAAGACAAGGAGAGGGAGAAGGUGAAGGAGAAGGAAAAGGAGAGGAAGAAGCCCAGACAAGACGACAGUGACGAGGAGGAUAAAUACCAUGCCUACCCCAACCACUCCCCCAGCUCUGAGUCUGACGUGGAUCGCAGCAUCACCCUCCACCUGAAGAUCUCCUGCCCAUCGUCUCCGGCCAUGCCCAUGGGGAGAGGGAUGUCCUGUCCCGUGCCCCAGGUGAAGAUUGAGAUGGAGUCAGACUACGACUCGGACAGCGACCACCAUCGACCCCGGGACAUGAGCAGUGAGACCACAUUAUAGAGCUGAGACAUGAUGUCUUGUUGACAGACCAGUGAACGACUUUACAAGGGCAGAUGACUGAAUGCAGCCGGUGCUGCCCCUCAGGCAGCAUCAGGUGGUGCAGACUGACAGCCGUGUGCAUACUGACACCUGGACAGACAGAAAUGAUGGGACCGAUGCAGUCCAUGCAGUUGGACAAUUAAAAGUAUUGAAUGCAUCUUCAUUUAAACUGGUGCAUUUGUGACAGAUUUAGCUCUAAACACUAUAAAGAAAACUGAAUUUAUUUAUUUAGUUGUUUGAUGUAAAUGGUAUGUGUAUAGGAUAAUCUACUAUAUUUGAUGUGAAAAUGUGUAUCUUUAAUAUUACUAGCUAUAUAUUAAUACUGUACUAUUAUUGUAAUUAUUUUAAAUUCAAGCUAGUCUUUACAUUAAUAACAUUACAAAACCUAUUGUACAGCAAUUGUAUUGUACAGAGUUUGGGUUAGAGGCAGGGAAUAUGACACAACAAUUUCAAUAACAGAAGUAUUGAACAUGAAUUUACAAAGUCAUAUAUUGAAAGCCAUGCGUGCUACUCUAUGUUAGCCUUGUUUCUGUGUGUGUUUGAAUUUGCUGUAUAUCUGCCUCUGAUCCCAGAUAACCACUUCUCCUCGUCCUUGUUUCCCUUCAUUUCACUUUCCACAUUGGCACAUGGAACAAAAAGAAACAACCAAAAAGUCCUGAUGUUCUCAUGCUGCUUUAAAGGAUCAUUAUACUAUGUGAGAUAUAGCAUACGUGUUCAUGUUUGUGGUUUUACUCUCCAAGACUGUAUGAAAACAGCAUUAUCUUCCAGCACAAUGCUCAACAUAAGAAAUGCACAAAGAAAUGGAACAGAUAUAAUUCAUGCAAUUAAAAUGCUAUUAUUCCAAA